CACCGCGGUUGUUCACAUCAUUUUAGGGGAGAUCAGGCGAUUGACACCAUAACACAAGGCACGCACAGCCACACGUGGUACGAUAUCACCGCAUGAAGAUGAACCACCUCACUCAACCGGCGGCCCGGCCGGACAGCCGAGUCGUGUCUCACUCAGUGUUGUCGCAUUGUACACGUAGCAAGGACGACAUCUUAAAUUCAAACACUGCUCCCGCACGAGAGAAAAUCAGCCGUCCGUAAGAUCGCGCACCAUCCAACUCAUUAACUGACUACAGGCAAAAAAGCACACGUGUACUUGCAUCUCCAUCUCAUCUCAUCUCAUCUGUGUGCGUGUGUGUGUGAAGGUUGAAAAGGCCUCCCUCCCUCUUCCGUAGGCCGCCCAAACCAACUUAACUUGACACAAACAACAGAGUCACUCACUCCCUCCCUCCGCACAUGGCUUGGCACCACGACGUAUAUGAGCGCACCAUCAGGCGAGGGGCCCGUGAACACACAUGUGGUAUGGUCACGUAUCGAUCUGUCCAUCCAUCCGCUUGUUCGUCUACUUGGUGACCAACUCUGUGAGCAGUCUCACCGCAUACCCCGUGCCCACAUUCUCCUUCCAAUCCCACGCUGGACCAGCCGCAUCUGAUGGAUGCACGGGGCAGACAGACCAACCAGAGAGAGCAGCCAACACAUGAACAUAUAUUGUGCGCCUUCCGUCAUGUAGAUGCCUGCUUCCUUUUGUUUGUGAGAGUCGGUGUCUUUCUCACGCACCUAUGUGUGCCCACGACGCCUUGUCAACAAACUCCUUUAGAAACGUCGCUGCCGUGAUCGCACCGCCCCAGCGGCCGCCAACGUUCUGAGACAGACCAUAUAUGAACACAACACGCACCCCAACAUGCAAACACGCAUGCCAUUCAUCCGUCCAUCCAUCCACCCAUCUGUAUGGGCCUCACCCACCUUGAGGUCGCUGAUGGUGCCCUUGAGCUCCUCAGCAGCGUCGGGCAGCAGGGGCAGGCGCCACAGGGACUCGCCCGACACCUUGGCGGCCUCCAGCAGCGCCUCGCUGAGGGUAUCGUCGGGUGUGAACAGCCCGGCGCACUUUGUGCCGAGCGCCACGAUGCAGGCGCCGGUGAGGGUGGCGAUGUCGAUGAUGGUCGUCGCCUGCACGGUCUUCUCGGCGUAGACCAGGGAGUCGUUGAGGAUCAACCGGCCCUCGGCAUCGGUGUUGCCAACCUGAAUGAAUGAAUGGACGGACGGACGGCGUGCAGAAAGAAACAGAGAGAAGGGUAUCGCAUCAUCGAGUUCGCAGGGUGAUUGAUUUGUCCUCUUCUGUAAGUACCUCGAUGGUUUUGCCGUUAGAUGCUGUGAGCACAUCGCCGGGCAGGUAGGCGUUGUGGGAGAUAAGGUUCAGCACAGCCUGCAAGCAGAGAGAAGAACACGGAUGCCAUCCAUUCAUUCAGCCAGCCGCCCGUGUGUUGUGUUGGUUUGCCUCACUCACCGGCACGAUGAAGUGCACCUCGACAUUCUUGGGUUUGAGCGCGCCGAUGGCCUUGGCCACGCCCAACACAGCCGCACCUCCACCCCUGCACACAGACACCCAGCAAGCCGAUCAGAUCAACAGGGCAUGAAUGUAGCCUGCUCUGCGUCAAUAUCUCCCUUACAUGUCGAACUUCAUCAUUUCGAUCAUGCUGCCGACCUUGAGGUUGUACCCGCCAGUAUCGUGACACACGCCCUUGCCAACCAACGCUACCUGCACACAACACAACACACAGACAGCGCGCUAGACACACGACCAGGAAAGGUCCCAAGCUGAAUGGCUGAUGUACCUUCUUCUUGGGGCUCUCUCCCUUCCAGCAGAGAUGGAUAAACCUGGGCGCGAUCUCUGCCCCCUUGCCGACGGCCAGGUAGCUGCCCAUGCCCAAGGCCCUGCACUCGUCCACACUCAGGAUCUUGCCCUCCAGCCCACCCUCCUGCGCCAUCUUGAUCGCCGCAUCCGCCAGCGACGCCGGAUGACAGUAGUUGGGCGGCAUCGACACCAAAUCCUUGGCAAACAGCACCCCGGCGGCCAUCGCCCGGCUCUCCGUGAUGCACUUGUCGAUAUCGCCGGCCGUGAGGCCUGACGGGGGGAUGAUGGUCAGGGCCUCGAGCAGUGGCAGGGGGGCGAUCCUGUCGCCCGUCUUGAGGCGAUUCUUGUGGGCGUCGUCACUCAGGGUGAGGAGCAGCGACUCCAGCACCGACUGCAGGAUGCGCACCGGGCACGAUGGCGGCAGCGCGAGGGUGGCCGCCUUGGCCUUCUCGCCCUUGAUGGUCUUCCCGAUGCACGCGCCGAUCUUGCAGCCUGCGGCGGCGUCGAGGGCGCUCAUCUUGCCGAAGCCGAAGAGCGCGACGGACCGCACCUUGCCUGCCACUCGCGUGGUCAUGGUGGACGCGGCCGCACCCUUGUACUCAUGCAGCUCGAUGCCCUCCUGCAACGCGCCCCCAAACACCUUGUCCAGAUCACCUGCACACGUCCAAACACACACAAAAUCCUCCCUAUGGUUCGGCUCUCAGCAGCAUGUUUUCCUCCCUCACUGACCAUAGUCGUGCUCCAUCUUGGCGGACUUGUCGGUUGAUUCGUUCUGGCAGCACGGCAGCAGCAGGAGGUCCGCUGCCACGUCGGUGAGCGGCGUGGCCUCCACUGUGAUCUUGAGCGCCGAGGCCGCGGGAUCCUUCGUGAGCGGGAUCUGGUCGAAGAGCGUCGUCAUGAUGACUGUAAGGAUAGCCUUUAAGCACCAAAACCCUCGGAGGUUUUCC